AAUAUUCUAAAUUUCGAAUUCGUCUAGUCAUUUGUUCGCUACAAAGCUUUUGGCAUUGGCUCUUACUAUUUACAACUUUUUUUCAAUCCCUCGGUUUCGUGGCCUAACAAAACCCUAAAUUUCUCUACCCCCAAUUCAAUCCUCUUCUCCCCGGUAUGCCCUUUCCUGUUUGCAAAUGGCAAAAGGUAGCAAGGGUCGGCGUAGAAUUGCAUCCCGGAUGACCCCAUACUUGUUGCACUCUCGUUGCCAAGGGAUAUCUAGAGAUUCUCACCCAGAAAUAUGUUCCAAAGCUUUGGAUAAUAAAGAUUGGGAAGGUGCAACAUGUUCUGUUUGCAUGGAGUGCCCUCACAAUGCUGUUCUUCUUCUUUGUUCAUCCCAUGACAAGGGCUGCCGUCCCUACAUGUGUGGAACUAGCUUCCGAUACUCAAACUGCCUUGACCAGUACAAGAAGUUCCACACUAAAGAAGUCUCAUCUCAUUAUGAAGAACCAUUUCUUAGUUCUGUUGAUGAUUCAGUUCUGGCAGCCGGUUCCAGUUGGUCUGUUGAGAAGUUUGGAGUAACUGAACUAUCAUGUCCACUUUGCAGGGGUCAGGUGAAAGGAUGGACUGUGGUGGAACCUGCUAGGGAAUUUUUAAAUUCCAAAAAGAGAAGCUGUAUGCAGGAAGACUGCACCUUUGUUGGGUCUUUUAAGGAACUUAGGAAACACAUGAAAGCAGAUCAUCCAUGUGCUCAGCCACGCGAAGUGGAUCCGACCCUCGAGCAAAAAUGGAGAAGGCUUGAACGGGAGCAGGAGCAGGAGGAUGUGAUCAGCACAAUAAGGGCAACAAUGCCUGGAGCAAUGGUAUUCGGUGAUUAUGUAAUAGAAAGAAAUCAUCAUGGCUUUGAGACAAAUGGAGAGGAUGGUACCUAUGCAGAUGCUAUGGAAAGGGAUGAAGAUCUUGAGGAUGGCUUAGAUGGUAAUAUUUUGAAUCUCUUUCUUAUGUUGCAUGCAUUUGGGUCAUCAAGGAAUGACCUUGGUAGACAAACAAGGCAACCUACACAUGUAGUGGAUGAGAAUGCUGUUGGUGUUCGCGUCACCUCUCCUGUUGGGGGUCUGGGUUAUUCCAAUGAAGAUGAUGAGAAUGAUGGGAGCAAUAUGUCUUUGGUUAGCCGACUCCAUCGACAUGGCCGAGUUCUUUUAGGGCAUUCAGGCAGGAGGAGGAGAAGGGAAAACAUUUGGAGGCAGAAUGUAGGAUGAAAGGCGUAGCUAAAAGGGAUGGGAAACAUCAAAAGCUAUGUAUCGCCAUAGAUUUUGAUUUUGCACUGAUUUAAUUCUCACAAUUCAUUUUAGGAGGGGUAUAUCACGGCUUGGAAAAUGCCUGUUUUCCUUUUUGUUGCGUGUUAUCAUUUGGAUGUACUGGUAAUUGCUUUCCUUUU